CGCGACGACAUGCAUAUCUAUACAGAAUGGUUGCUCUCUCUCUCUCUCUCUCUCUCUCUCUCUCUCUCUCUCUCUCUCUCUCUCUCGGGAAGACAGACAUACAUAAAACGAUGGCUGUCACUAUCGUCGAUGUCUUACGAGGUUGGAGUUAGACGACAGGCGUCUAUCUCUCUGUCACCUAAGGCAUCGGCGACAGCGACACGCGGUCUCCUUCUUCUUCUUUCUUCUUCAUCUUCUUGUCCUUCAAUCACUUCGUCGUCUUCUUGUUCUUGUUGUUUCGAUUCGUCAUCUUCUUCUUUGAGAGAGAGAGAGAGAGAGAGAGAGAGAGAGAGAGAUGGCCGAUGAAAGCGGCGCGGCGUCCCCACGUUCGACGACGCCAUUGCCGUCGUUGUCUUCGUCAGCUGCGCAUGGCAAGGGGGGGAUUGGUGCGAACCGCGUUCCUGUGACGAAUCCCGUGCCUCCGCCCGCCUCCCCAUCGUCUCCAUCAGCGCCCUCUGUCGUGUUUGGGCAAUCAAGCACGGACACAGCCGUGCAUAAUGCGGAGGGAUGGGGGGACCUUCUGCAAGGUCUGCACGAGCUGAAUGGUGGUUGGGGGGGCGAUCCGAAGCGAGGUCCGAUCGGUUGGGAGGCCAUAGCCGCCACGUACUCGCGCUUCCCUGCAUGGGCAUUCCCCCGUCCGCCAAACGGUCACCUGCUGUCGCCUCCCACCAUCGAUGACGAAGGGGGAGGGGGUGACGAUGGCGGCGAUGACGAAGGGGGAUGGGGUGAAGAUGGUGGCGAUGAGGAGGGGGAAGGGAGUGCAGAUGGCGGCGAUGAGGAAGGGGGAGGGGGUGAAGAUGGAGGAGACGAUGACGGAGGGGAUGGUGGCGUUGGAGGUGCAAUUUUUUAGGCGGUAUAGAAUUAUAUCUUUUUGGUUA